AUGGACUCAGAGGGCGGAGACGAGGGCCUGGACCUCUUCCAAGAGCCGGCAGAUUUCUACCAGCCAGAGAAACAGGCGACGUCUGCUUCGCACCAGUUGCUCUCUGGCAAAGACCUCACUGUCCGAUUGGUGGGACACAACCCUUUGUGGGGUCACUUUCUUUGGAAUGCGGGACGAACCAUCUCCACAUUUCUUGAGGAACAUGCAGACGAACUCGUCAAAGGCCGAACGGUACUGGAGCUCGGUGCUGGAGCGGGACUGCCCAGCCUCGUCUGCGCCCUUAACGGUGCUGCUCAAACCGUCGUCACUGACUAUCCCGAUGCCGAGCUGAUUGAGAACCUACGCUACAACAUAGAACACUGCGAGCUGCUCCCUAAGCCACCCAAAAUCGUAGCUGAGGGUUAUCUAUGGGGUGCAUCUACCGAGGACCUAACAAAGCAUUUGGAUGGCGACAAUGGCUUUGAUGUUCUCAUACUGGCCGAUCUGCUUUUCAACCACUCGGAACACACAAAACUCAUCAAGACGGUGGAGCUGAUGAUGAAAAAGUCGCCCGCCUCUAGAACCUACGUCUUCUUUUCUCCCUAUCGCCCUUGGCUGUAUGAAAAGGACAUGGCAUUCUUUGAUCUAGCCAGAGAUGCGGAGUUCACCGUCACGAAGAUGUUUGAAAAGGUCAUGGAUAAGGUCAUGUUUGAAGAAGACCCGGGUGACGAGCUUCUUCGCCGCACUGUUUUCGCCUAUGAGAUGACUUGGGGCCUUUGAUUCAGCCCGAAUACCUCUCAGGACGAGUCUAGCGAAAAUCCACAGCCCGAAACAAUAUAUCCCAACAAUAUACCCAUGCAAACAUUAUAAGCACCAAACGUACCCUCUAUGGUAAAGUAAACGGGCAUGACGGACAUUUCAAAUCUGGUCGAGGUAGUUGAUGUUCUUGUGUCCGGGAGAUUUUGCAGAUUUUCUCUCCCCCGUCUUUCACGGGAACACUGCCUACUUACUUUCGGCUCAACACUCUUCACCGCACACAUCUUCACGCAGAGGUACGCGUGAAAAACGCCUAGCCAGUAUAAAAGAAAAUUU